UGUUUUCCAUCCCAUUUGAUUAGUAAAUUGUUACUUUCCAUAAGCAAGUCAUGAUUACGUUAACUGAACUCAGAUGUUUAGCAGAUGCCCAGUCAUCGUACCACAUUUUGAAACCAUGGUGGGAUGUCUUCUGCUAUUACCUCACCAUGAUAAUGCUGCUUGUUGCUGUCCUUGCUGGGGCUCUCCAGCUCACUCAAACUAGAUUAUUAUGUUGUCUUCCAUGCAAGCUUGAGUUUGACAAUCAUUGUGCGGUGCCUUGGGAUUUGGUUAAAAGCAACCUUAAUAUAUCCUCCAACUCUGCCACACUAGUAAUCCGCCCGCUCAGAAUCCAGAAUUAUCUUCAUCGACAACAAUAUUCUUACAUCGACGCUGUGUGUUAUGAAAGAGAGCUUCAUUGGUUUGCCAAAUUUUUUCCGUACCUAGUGCUUCUCCAUACUUUCAUUUUUGCAGCUUGCAGUAAUUUUUGGCUUUACUAUCCCAGCACAAGUUCAAGGCUAGAGCACUUUGUAGCUAUACUUCACAAAUGCUUUGAUUCUCCCUGGACUACACGCGCCCUGUCAGAAACAGUUACCGAACAGUCUGUGAGGACUUUGUCAUUUUCCAAAUCUAAAACAUUUUUUCCUUCCCCUACCAAUUUAACAGAAUCAGAGAGCAAGCGGCAAUCCAUAUCUUUCUCCCAGACAGGAUUAGAAGCUGCUGGAAAGGAGAGCCCUUCAAGUGUUUUAGACAGAAAAGAAGGGGAGCAAGCGAAAGCAAUAUUUGAAAAAGUGAAAAGAUUCAGGACACAUGUAGAAGAAAAAGAUGUCAUUUACAGAGUGUACCUAAAACAGAUUGUUGUCAAGGUCAUUGUGUUUGUUUUAAUCAUGAUUUAUGUUCCCUAUUAUUUAACCUUUAUUACCCUUGAAAUUGACUGUGUAGUUGAUAUUCAAGUUUUUACUGGGUACAAGAGAUACCAAUGUGUUUAUUCUUUAGCUGAAAUCUUUAAAGUGCUAGCUUCAUUUUAUGUUAUCGUGGUGAUCUUGUAUGGCCUGACUUGCACUUACAGUUUGUUAUGGAUGCUGAGAAGUUCACUCAAAGAAUAUUCUUUUGAGAAGCUGAGAGAGCAGAGCAAUUACAGCGAUAUCCCUGAUGUGAAAAAUGACUUUGCAUUUAUGCUUCACGUAGCAGACCAGUAUGAUCCUCUGUAUUCAAAACGGUUCUCAAUAUUCCUCUCUGAGGUGAGUGAAAACAAGUUGAAACAGAUCAGUCUAAAUAAUGAAUGGCCUUUAGACAGAUUGAAAAGCAAGCUCGUACGAAACUCCCAGGACAAGAUAGCACUUCACCUUUUCAUGCUGAAUGGUCUUCCAGAUGAUGUCUUUGAACUGACAGAGAUAGAAGUUCUAAGCCUAGAGCUUAUUCCUGAGGUUAAGCUUCCUCCAUCUGUAAGCCAACUAGUCAGUCUCAAGGAACUAAAUGUUUAUUAUUCAUCAUUAACUGUGGAGUUCCCAGCACUCCACUUCUUAGAAGAAAAUUUAAAGGUUCUACGUCUAAAAUCAGCUGACUUGGGAAAGAUUCCACGCUGGACUUUUUAUCUAAAAGGUUUGCAGGAACUGUAUCUGACCGGAUGUUAUGUGCUAGAACCCCAGAAUCUCUUCUACAAUGAGAGUUUUGAGGAUCUUGUGAGUCUAAAAGCAAUUCACUUAAAGAUUAGCCUUUCCCGCAUACCUCAGGUGGUAACAGACCAGUUGCCUUCACUACAAAAAUUAUCCAUUGACAACGAGGGGAAAAAACUGCUAGUGUUGACCACCUUGAAGAAAUUGGUAAACCUGAGAACAUUGGAAUUGAUCAACUGUGACCUGGAGCGCAUUCCACAUUCCAUCUUCAGCCUGAACAACUUGCAUGAAAUAGACUUGAAAGAAAAUAAUCUCCGAACGGUAGAGGAAAUUAUUAGUUUUCAACACCUUGAGAACCUUUCUUGCCUGAAAUUGUGGCACAACAACAUCUCCUACAUCCCAGUGCAGAUUGGAACCUUAGCAAAUCUGGAGCAGCUCUACUUAAAUCAUAACAACAUUAAAAAGAUACCACUGCAACUCUUUCUUUGCACGAAGCUGCAUUAUUUAGACCUUAGUCAUAAUAAAUUAACCAUUAUUCCUGCAGAAAUCCAGUAUUUAACAAAUCUGCAGUACUUUGCUGUGACAAAGAACCAUAUUGAUGAACUUCCAGAUGAAUUGUUUCAGUGCAGAAAACUGCAACAUCUCCUUCUGGGAUAUAACAGUCUGACGAGUUUGUCCCCUCGUGUUGGUGGACUUUUGAACCUUGUUCAGCUGGAACUCAUUGGAAACCACUUGGAGUCGCUUCCUGCUGAGCUGGAGGAAUGUAAUUCACUGAAGCGGAAUUGUUUAAUUGUAGAAGAACGUUUAUUAAUGACUCUUCCUCUUCGAGCGACAGACCAUGCGCAAAUAUGUUUGGACCGAGUCUGA